CGCGUCUUUAUGUGAAUGUGUGAGAUUGAUUCUUAAUUCUCGCUUCCACCUUCCUUUCCAUCCAGAAUAAUAAUAAUAGUAUUAAUAAUUACUGUCUUCAUAACAUCAUAGAGGAUGCCAGUGCCUACCGCGCAUGUCUUGCACUCCUCAUCCGACCAAGAAUUACAUUCAUUCAUCCGCUCGGCAGCAGCACAAGCAUUGCACACGCCACAACAACAACAGCAGUGUCUAGUGCUACCUGAUUUAAUCUCUUCGAAUCCGCACAGCAUCGCCACACCUCCUGCCAUUCCAGUCAAAGGUGUGAUCACAAUUGCUAACAGCGCUCACAGCAACAACAGCUUUCAGCAAAAUACUGCUGAUACCACUUUUACUACUAUCAGCAACACCAAUAGCAAUAACAAUAACAGCAGCAGCGAUAGCAUAAACAAGACGAUGAAGACUGAUCGCAAAGCUGAUCAUCACACUAAAUCCAUCUCCGUUACACCUACAUCAACAUCACAUUCUACUAGCACUCUUAACAAUAACGAUCAAAAUAAUUACGGCAAAAAACGGAAGGUUACUGCUAGUAGUGAACGACGCGUGCCCUCUUCCUCUACAACUAUUGCACCCGAUAACCUUAGCCAUGUUUCCACAGCAAAGACCCCAUCCUCCACAUCAUCAACAUCGACUGAAAAGAAUAAGAGAGCUUCGAUUGAUGAACAUCGGACUGAGGAGGAGGAGGACGGCAAUUACAUAGUUGAAACAUCCGGUAACAUGAGGAAGAAGCGCGUCCUGGCUACCCCACGAAAAACAACCAGUUCCACGAUGCGUCACUCUUCUUCCUCUGCCAAGCCCCAUAAAGUUGAUGUUACAGACAACAGCAUGCAUCUUAUGGACGUGGAUGAAGCCCAGCCUCAAAAAGACCACAUGUCAGAAGAGACAACAGAAUCUAUUUCUCCUAUCGUUACAAAACCAUCUAGCGGCUCUCGCAAAAGAGGUAAUGGAGCCAUUACAACAAAGGCCACAGCUACUCAACCAAAUAAGAGAAGCCAGAGCAAGACCUCUGCCAAAGAUGGCUCUAGCGCCGAGCGAAGGAUCAGUGCAACUACUUCGGUUGUAGAAGUGCCAUUGUCAUCUGGCCAAAGCGAAUCUAAAGUAGCAAUUAAAGCGAACAGAUCCAAGGUUACUCCCCCAGUAGUAGAUAUAGUUGCCUCGCUUCCUUCAUUAGCAAGCACCGAAGCCUCAGAGACACCAGGCCUGCAGAAGCGUGUACUUCCUACGCGUGGACGCGACAAGACUGCCGGGCUCUCAAUUGAACCCUCUCUCCUAGAGCCACCCAUUGCUCCUGCAGGAGAAUAUAUUUUAUACCUUGCAAACAAAGAGGUGCUGCAACGAACGGUCCUGGAUCCCAAAAGAGUUCCUAAAGCAGCUUACAGCUCAGGCUUUGAGGAACUCAAUAACAACAGCCACUUGAGCACAUCCACAUCACAGGUUUUAUCAUUAUCAUCAUCCUCACUAUUAACACCAGACACAACCCCCCUAGUGCCCACUCUCCCUCCUUCUCCUUCUACGCUCAGUCAUAUUGAAGUUCCUAUCUUUCGACCAUGCACUAUCAAUCAAUUCCUUCAAGAGGAAAAGAAGCGAAAAAUGCAGCUAUUGACAAAAGCGCUGGCGAAGGCUGAGGCAGAGGCUGCAGCCGAAGCACUAACGAGUGCAAACGCUUCAGCCGCAACUGGCGUCAUCGUCCCAUCGUCGAGGCCAGUAUCGACGCGCCAGAAGCAUAAAGAGAUUCUAAAUAAUCAGCAGAUUAGCGUCCAGACCGCAGCUCCAUCUUCUCCAUCAUCUUCCUCACACUCAUCAGGACAUGGCAAGAAAGCGACAACCGUUAAUACGACGAUCGGAAAGAUCGAGGGGGUCUUCGGUUCGAACGCUUCACAGGAAGAGGUAUUGACGGAUGAGGUGUAUGAAAAACGCCACAGGAAGCAAGAGAUGGCAGAAAAGAAGCUCAAGAACAGAGAAAAGGAAAAGUUGCGUCACGCCAUGUAUCAGCAACAACUGGUGGUUGAAAAGUUGAGACAUAUUGAUAUCAACCGUCUGAUGCCAAUCAGCGCAUUCCGCUCACUACAAAAGACAACAACUGAACAAGAAUAUCAGCAUCCACAUCACUACAAAGAUUCUUCGAACCCAAAUAUGGAUGAAUCUUCAGCUUCACCUUCAAUUUCAGCUUCAUCUUCACAGCAGACUGUUGGAGCAACAGCAGCAGCAGCGGCAGCCCCAAUAUCAUUAGCUACAGCGAAAAUAAUGCAGGAUGCUUAUCAUCGACGAUUGUUACGUGAAGCAGAGGAAAAUUUGAGAAGAUAUGAGCAACUUGGAUUAGGGGAGAAUUCGAGCGCAACAAUAGCACCAGGGUAUUCGCCCUUUAGCCGUACCAAGAACCGCCUGUCGGCCAUGAUGGCAGGUACUAUCUCGUUAGAUGAAAAGACCUCCGCCAACAGUCUAGAAUCAAGUUCGAGCCCAGGCCUAAAAGAGGUUGCUGGCGCUGCAAAGGUGGACACUAGAAAGAAAGCCAAGUCACAUUUAGCACUAUCUGCCGCUGGACCUGGACCUAGUGAAGGACACAGUCGUAAGAAGACCAAGGCGGAAGUUGAUUCAUCCUCUACAGUAUCUGCGGAAGUUCACAAGGAUACUACAACCUCAUUUUCUCUUGCUAAAGACAAAGCUUCAGCCACAACCCCUAGUACAGUAGCAGCUCCACCAAAGACAUCCCUUCCACAAAAGAUAGCGGGCUCUAAUAUUGUCAUGACGCAAGCGGAGGAGCCACCUAGACCACCUAAACCAAUUACAACGUUCCUUAAACCUGGGGCUAUUGUUGCUUCGGGUGGUCGAAAGAGUUCUCGAGUGGCAUUGGCUUUUGGAGAAAAGGUGCCAAUUUUGGAACGAAUGGACUUUGAUUUGCCGCUAGACAUCUUUGGUGAUCUAAUCCGAGAGCGAGUGGGUGAGGAUGCAUUAAAGAAACCCGAAGUCAAGAAAUUGAAGAGAGGCCAGAGAGCAUGGCCACUGCCUGCUGGGCCUUCAGCAACAACAACAGCAGGCGUCAAGGUUGACAAUAGUGAAGAGGGAAUGACAAACUCCAGUGAUUCAGCAGCAACAAUGACAGCAAUAGCAACAUCUACAUCAUCAUCAUCGUCAUCAUCAUCCUCAGGACAGGCUUUUGACUCAAAAGUUAGCACAGCACAAGGGCCGGCACCGGACGAAUCCACUUCAUCAUCUGUGGUAGCCCCGUCUGCCUCCUUGUCUUCUAAAGCUGCAUAGCUUAUGUAAUGUUACUAAUAGUAUUAUAAAAAAUAAAAUAAAAUAAAC